UUCAGAGCCAUGCAGCGCACCUUUGAUCUCGCCUACUUUCGUACCGCACUCGGGGAACUCUCCUUUGCCGUGCUGGUACUCAAGGUGUUCCAGCCGAGAUUUCAGGUCAUCGGAUUGCUGUAUACGCUGCUGUGUUUGGGACAUGUGGGGGUGGCUGCUUGGAGGAGGAAGGUGAGUGGAGAGGUGGAGGAGAAUGAGAAGAAGCAGUGCUCGAUGAGAGCGAGAGGAACGGAUGCUCAUCACCAGCCCUGAUUAAUCCCGCAGCUCGCCGUCGGCAAUGAUCAUCGCUGGGCCAACCUUCAAAUCAUCUCCCACAGCACAAACAAUGCCAAUCAUCCCGCUCUAGUC